GUUCCGACAGCGCGCAGAGGCUGCUACCGACGCAGACACACACGCAGGAUUCACAGAGGUAUUUGGCCAGAUCGGACUAACUGAAACUCGUAGAACAUCUCUUCCCUCAAACCCCGUCUAUAAUUGCGCUCUAAAUAGAGUCUUCCAGCGAGCUGUCGCGGGAUGGCACAGAACCUCAAAGUGUGUGAUCUUGACGAGGCUCUGGCCGCGAAGCUUAAAAAACUCCGUUUCCGGAAAGAACUCACUAGUGCGGCUGUCGUCAUGAAAAUAGACGCAGAAAAGAUGACUGUCAUUGCCGAUCCUGCGGUAGACGAUGAAGAAACAGAGGAUGUGACACCAGAAGAUGUGGCAGGACUGCUACCUACCCACCAGCCACGUUAUGUUGCUUACAGCUAUGCCUACAAACACGAUGAUGGAAGAACAUCAUAUCCACUCUGCUUUAUCUUUGUCAGUCCCCCAGGUUGCAAGCCUGAGAUGCAGAUGAUGUACGCUGGAUCCAAGUUGGGAGUUGUCAAAGAUUGUGGUUUUACGAAGGUUUUUGAGUUGCGAUCUGCAGAAGACCUAACCGAAGACUGGCUGAGGACGAAGCUUCACUUCUUUAGGUGAUCUGGCCCAAACGUGAUUUUACUAGGUUCUACAGGUGUUACGGGCAAUUUGCUGUAUAUACUAAAAUAAUCGUCAGAAUGUUCGCCAAACAGAACAAACACCACUAUCAAUAUUAAGUCAGUGCCAUC